GAUUUAAAAAGAUAACAAGCUCUAGAAUGAAAGCUUACGAUUAUGUGGUUUAUUAGUAGAAAAUACAAAUCCUUGCCUAAGGUUAAAAUAAUGAGUUACCUGAGAAUAACAUGGAGAAGUGCAGGCUUCAUAUAAGUGGGUCAUGUUGAAGAGGUUCUUAAGUUUGAGUUGAUCAUGAGCAUGUGUUUGCCAGGAAGUAGUAAGGAUAGCUGCAGACUAGAUCACCAGAGGCCAUUGCCUACUGUAGGAGUACUCUCCCCUAGGCAGACCAAAUCUGGAGUGUUGUGUUCAGUUUGGUCAACACAUAAAACAGUGUGUUUGAGAGGAAGAUAUAAUGUAGCUGAGAUUGUGAUUCAUAUUCGCAACAAGUUCUUAACAGGAGCUGAUGGUAAAAACCUCUCCAAGAAUGAUCUUUAUCCAAAUCCAAAGCCUGAAGUCUUGCACAUGAUUUACAUGAGAGCCUUACAAAUAGUAUAUGGAAUUCGACUGGAGCAUUUUUACAUGAUGCCAGUGAACUCGGAAGUCAUGUAUCCACAUAUAAUGGAAGGCUUCUUACCAGUCAGUAAUUUAUUUAUUCAUCUGGAUUCAUUUCUGCCCAUCUGCCGGGUGAAUGAUUUUGAGAUUGCUGAUAUUCUAUAUCCAAAAGCAAAACGGACAAGUCGGUUUUUAAGUGGCAUUAUCAACUUUAUUCACUUCAGAGAAGCCUGCCGUGAGACAUAUAUGGAAUUUCUUUGGCAAUAUAAAUCCUCUGUGGACAAAAUGCAGCAGUUAAAUACUGCUCACCAGGAGGCAUUAAUGAAGUUGGAGAGACUUGAUUCUGUUCCAGUUGAAGAGCAAGAGGAGUUUAAGCAACUUACAGAUGAUAUUCAGGAGCUGCAACAAUCACUGAAUCAGGAGUUCCGUCAAAAAACGCUAGUGCUGCAGGAAGGAAAUUCCCAAAAGAAGUCAGAGAUUUCAGAGAAAACCAAACGCUUGAAUGAACUAAAGCUGUCAGUAGUUUCUUUGAAAGAAAUACAAGACAGUUUGAAAACAAAAAUUGUGGAUUCUCCAGAGAAACUGAAGAAUUAUAAAGAAAAAAUGAAAGAUACAGUCCAGAAGCUUAAAAAUUCCAGGCAAGAAGUGAUGGAAAAAUAUGAAAUCUACAGAGAUUCAGUAGACCGCCUGCCAUCCUGUCAGUUAGAGGUGCAGUUAUAUCAAAAGAAGAUACAGGACCUUGCAGAUAAUAGGGAAAAACUAACCACCAUUUUAAAAGAGAGCCUGAAUUUGGAGGACCAAAUUGAGAGUGAUGAGUCAGAACUGAAGAGAUUGAAGACUGAAGAAAAUUCAUUCAAACGACUGAUGAUUGUGAAGAAGGAAAAACUUGCCACAGCACAAUUCAAAAUAAAUAAGAAGCAUGAGGAUGUUAAGCAGUACAAACGCUCAGUAAUUGAGGAUUGCAAUAAAGUUCAAGAAAAAAGAGGUGCUGUCUGUGAGCGAGUAACUACAAUAAAUCAAGAAAUCCAAAAAAUUAAGUCUGCAAUUCAACAACUAAAAGAUGCCACCGAAAGGGAAAAACUGAAGUCUCAGGAAAUAUUUCUAAACUUGAAAACUGCUUUGGAGAAAUACCAUGAAGGCAUUGAAAAGGCAACAGAGGAGUGUUAUGAUAGGAUAGAUGAAAAAACAGCUGAACUGAAGAGGAGGAUGUUCAGAAUGUCAACCUGAUUAGCAGCAUCACUUGUCUUUUUGUAAAUGGCUUGCCAUCUUUUAAUUUUUUGUUUGGGAAGGGAAGAGUGAAGUUGAAACUACUAGAAGUAUCAGAAGUAACAAAUAAUGUUGGCUCAAUCAGUUUUUAUAUACUCAUAUAAAUUGUUAUUAGAUACGCAUUUAAAGUAGACUUUUAUUAAUUUAUAAUUAAAGUAACUUGUGCAGUUAUUCCUGUCUGUAUUCUUCCCCCCUUAUUGUCAGUAGGAGGAGGAGCAAAACAAAAACCAGUACUUAUGAAAUGUGUAUAUAUAUAUUUUUUCUGUUAAUUUCAUAGCUGUUGUUAAUUUGUUGACUAUGAAAUGUGUAUAUAUAUAUUUUUUCUGUUAAUUUCAUAGCUGUUGUUAAUUUGUUGACAGAGUUGUGGCAUUAUUGAGCCCUGACUGUGCUAUAAACAUUGUAGUUGGGAUUUCAUUUAUUUCUCCCUUUAGCAACGUUAGGUUUUUUUUUUUUUCUUAUUGUUUCUACUUUAUAGGUGAAGAUCUUGAAAAAUUAAAUAGCUGAGCCAAAAUUUGACCAUGCUCUGUAUGAUAGUCUGGAAUGGUCCCACUAUACCACACUUUCUAAUGUAAUUAUGUGAAAGAGAAAGUUUGAGUGUUUCUUUCUUCAUUGAUGCUAUUAGGAUUUUAUGAGAAGAAUCAGAUUAGAACAGUGUCUGGCAUGGUAGACACUCAGCUCCUAUUAUCUGUUAGUAUGACAGUCAUGGGAGCUCCAGGUGGUUUUGUCAGGCUUAAUAAAAUGUUCAUGUGUUUAUAGAGGUUUUCAGUGAGGGGAAAGGCCCUGGAUUGGAAAGAACAGCAAAAGCUGGGUGUCCAGGGAAGAACAGAAGGGGAUAAGCAGUCAAACCACUGCCCUGUCCCUUUCUUGCUUCUCUUUAAAUAAUCACAGAUUUUGAUCCAUAGUAAAGUCGUGCAGUGAGGCCAGUCAGUGGGCAUAAAACAUGACCUUACCUCUGUCAUCUUAAAUUUAAAAUGGACUUUUCUCCAGCUUUAGUGACUGCAAUGUUCCCCCUACUCCCUAUAACCAGAUUUCUUGUGAGUGUUUUGCUCCCCAUUCAUCAUUUCAUCAUGACAUUGUUAUUUUUAUCCAUAGUAAUCUUGUGAACUUUUCUAAGAUCACCAGAAAAUUCCUAGUUCCUAAAAUUCUGUGGAUGCUUUUUAUUGCUUUAUCUUCCUCAGUUCUACCCAUCUAAUACUUCUUUGCAUUUGUCUCAGAAACACCACUGCCUUGGUUCUUUUAGUUCUCUGUCCUUUUUAACUUUUUCCAUCCAAGGGCCUUGUUUUCUGUUCAUCUCCUAAGCAUUUGUGUCAUCUUGGCUUCUUCCCUUGACCUUCCUUGUCAUACCCACUAUAAUCCUCCUUGAAAAUUUUUACCUUUAGCUGUGGCUUCAGUCAUGAAUUAAACAUUCAUACAACUUCUACAUUUAUAUACAUUUGUCAUAUACCGCCUGAAUUUCAGUCUUGUAUAUUCAAUGCCAGUAUGUGUCUAAAUCUUACGAAAGCAUUCUUCUGGUGAAGCCCAGCGGGCCCUUUCAGAAUAAUGUUCUUCACGCAUAAAAAAAGUACAGGAUUGCAAGAGAAACCAAUUAUAUUCAAAUAUGAUUAUCAAAUAUUUAAAACCAUUGUGGUGAACUGUAUCACUAUGCUUUUGCCUGUGUUGGAAAAGGAACUCAUCCACUUUUAGACUGUUAAUCUCCCUCCCUUAUAUCCAUCUAGUAGCAAGAAUUGUGGAUUAAUGUGCCCACACCUACUUUUCACUUCUCAUUUGCUCAUGUUGCAAUCUGUAUUCUCAUUGUCACCUGAUGAACUUGGGGCAGUCCUACCAGGCUCCCAGUCUCAAAGCCACCUACAGAGUCAUCAGAGUAUUCUGAUGUGCAGAUUAGUUUAUAUCAGUGAUCUGUGCAGUUUUUUGGCCUUUCAAACUGUCUUGCAAGGGUGCCAAUUUUUAACUGAAAGAGGAACUGUGGAAUACUUUGAAUUUCCAAAGGAAACAACAGGACUUCAUAUCUGUCAGACACUACUGUAUUAGCUCACCAUAGUUCAGUGGUGUUGUUAGGCCGCAUUAUAUCCCUUUUCAUGUCAUAUGUUUGUGAGGCUAGGGUUUUGGCAUUUGCUGUGAAGAAAAAAAAACCCAAAUAUUAAAAUCAAAACUUUUAUAGGACAAUGAGACAACAAUAU